CAGGGCCUGGACUACCAUCCAUUCCGUUCGCUGAGCAACAUAUGGUCUCCAUCGACCACCCCCCACCAUCACUCCACCAUUUGGCAGCCACCAACCUCCAACUAACUCACCCGCCCCCAACAGUAGACUCCCUCCCCCCAACAAACAGCUGAUUGGUUCGUUUAUCGUGGAGCAAAUAGAAAUUAUCCAUCAAUCCAUUUUGACUGAAUUUAAUCUGUGUAUCAAGCCUGGAACCAGGCCUGAAUUUAAUUUCCGCAUCAAACUUGGAACUGGUUUUAUUUCAUCUUUUUAUAAAAUAACCUCUGUCGUAGUCAUAACAAUAGUUUUGUUUCGAAAAAAAUGUACAAAAUUUCAAUGAAACCUGGUUGUUGAAUUACAGUUUCAAUAAAAUAACAGGUCUGUCAAUAACAGGCCUAAUAACAGGUCUAUUGAAUUAUAGUUUUAAUGAAAUAACAGGUCUAUCAGUCGUGUGACUGUAGCAUAUUUGGAAAUCUUGUUUCAAAAUGACCAGGAAUGGUACAAGGUUCAUUUAUGGUUACAUUUGUAACCCUAGUUACAUAUGUGUGGUUAAUUAUAGUUUAUACAACAGUUAAUAAUGAGGGACUUUAAAGUACGAAUGCUUUAAAGCAUGUAGUGUUGAGACACAAGCGAGCGAGCGCGUGUCUAAAACAUCUCACGAAUGCUUCAAAUACCAUACCAAAUUAUAAUACUGUUGUAUAAAUAACUUUUAGUUGCACCUAUAAAAAUAUUGUAUCUGGAAUUUUUGUUUCAAAAUGUCCAAGACUUGAAAAGAACAUAAUUUAUUCAUAACCACAAGGUUCAUAAAAUAACUUCCCAGCAGACUUUUAACGGUAAUUAGAAUUUUAGGUUUACAAGACUUAAAUAGAGCCAGUUUCAUUCUGUGACAUCAAAUUUUAUGAAUAAUUUUCUGUGUCAAAUGAUUAUGUGAAUGCUUCCAAUCGAUUUCACUAGGAUUAUUCGUUCAUUAUUUGACUUCAGGUAUUCCCAUUGACUAUAUAAUAAACUUUGACUUUAUUUAGACGUUACUAUUAAUGGUUCUAUGUUGACUGCUCAAAAAUAAUAGUCCAAACAUUUAUAAUUUUGAGGAUUCUCAUUGACUGUAACAAUAAGUUGACUUAUUUCGACGUUAUUUCAGAUUUUAAUCUUAUUCACACAUUGGAAUAAACACACCAUAUCGUAGUUUUUCAUUGACAUUAUUUAUUGUUGACUUUGUAUUUUGACUUGGCAUUCAGUUUGGUUGGGAAUCUACUUGGGAAGGGGUUUUGGGAAAGUUAAAAAAAUCUUGAUCUGGAUAAGGAAUGAAAUGAUGAAAUACAAUUGUUUGAUGAAAGACAGAAAGGAAUGAUGAACAAUUGUUUUGCAAUGGUUGGUAAUUCGAUUGAAAGUACUUAAUUGUGGUCAGUUUUAUUUGGUUUAUUUUUUACGGAGUGACAUUUUUGAAAUUUUCUAGUGUCAUUUGAACGAUUCUUCAAUUCCAAAACCAAGACUUAUUUUGUGAAUAUAACUAUUAAGAAAGGAGAAGAAGUCUUCAUACUAACGAAGAGGAAUCAUGGAAUAGAUUGAUUAUUAUUCAUGGUGGUAUAAAAUAUCUUCAGUUACUCUGUCAAAUACGACUUAGGCCUACUUGAGUUGUUUUUUUAUUUGAUUUUUGAUAAGUGAGUAAAAUGCUCUUUGAAUAAAUUCCACUGAGGAUUUGAGUAAGAAAUCUAUUUUCAAUAUGUUUAGUUAUUAUGGAAGAGUUAAUCUUGGAGAAUAGUAUGGUCUGAAAGGAGGUUCAUUUCGAAGAUUCGAGAAAAUAUUGUUAGUCCUUUGAGUAUAUUUUUAGUUUGUUAGGGAAUAAACUUGGAGAAUCGUAUGGUGUGGAAGGAUGUUUCAUUUUAAAGAUUCGAGAAAAUAUUGUUAGUCCUUUGAGUAUAUUUUUAGUUUGCUAUGGAAUAAUCUUGAAGAAUCGUAUGGUCUGUAAGGAGGUUUAAAGUUUUAAGAUUCUUGGAAACAUAUUGUUAGUCCUUGAGUUUUUCUCACGUAUAAGGUCCAAAGGCUUGUUUUUUAUGAUUUUCCAUGUAGAUAGUUUAAGAAAAGAGAACCGUAUGUUGAAUAAUAUUUACUCAACAUGUUCCUUACAAGAUUCAUUAAUAUGUUUCUCUUUAGUGAAGUGGAACCAAUACUAGUUGUGGGGAAUAAGUAGCUUCCCUUCUUCGAGUCAAUUAGUUGUUUAGUUUUUUUUAUUUUGUAAGUCCAAUUUGUGUUCGAAGUUUAUCUUAUUUUAUUAAUUUUCAUCUAGUGUCAUUGACAACGAAUUCUGGAAUGCAGCGUCCAUGCAUUAGUUAGGUACAGUUAGAGAUAGGAAAUCAUCAAGAAAGUUUGGUCUUAACUAAUAAUUUUCAGAACUAUCACAUUUUUAAACGAUUGGGGAAAUAUUUUCGUGUUACUUCUCCAAAAAUCGUUGCAAUAUUCAACUAUUAAAUCAGAAAUAUCUCAUCUCAUUCUCAAACGAUUGGGGAAAUAUUUUCGUGUUACUUCUCCAAAAAUCGUUGCAAUAUUCAACUAUUAAAUCAGAAAUAUCUCAUCUCAUUCUCAAACGAUUGGGGAAAAAUUUUCGUGUUACUUCUCCAAAAAUAUUAGAAAUAUUCAACUAUUAAAUCGUAAUACACAUUGUUCAAGUAACUAUUAUGAGAUUCUCUACAAACUGUCAGUGUUGAUUGAAUGGAAAGCUUAGGCGUUCUUUAUGAGGAAUGAUGACAGUUUAAAGUGAAUCUCAUCCAACAUAGGAUGCAUAUAUUAAACAAUCUUCUAUCCAGAAAAAAACAAUAAACAUUUUUAGGUAAACGUUUUCACAAAAUUUCAUGUAAUAGCGUGAUUUCGAUUGGAAGCAGAUCUAGGGUUACAGCAAAUGUUUUUCUCAUAUAAUAAAGUAUAAUAUAAGUUAUGUUGAUAAAUAACUUCAUGUUACUCUCCUAUUUUAUAAUGUGUAUUAAUUUCAAUCAUUUUUGAAGCGUUUUCAUCAGGUUUGUGUUGAAUUUAAAUCAUUAAUUGAGAGAUAAUUUUAUUAUUCUUACUAUAUUUUUUUACUUCCAAAUGUAAUCAACAGAGUUCAAUCAUUCUGGUUUUAAGAUCAAUAUUACUUUUGAAUAUUAUUCAAAGAGUGACAAUUUUAAUAGUAACAUCUCCUUGUAAAACAGGAGACAAUUCAAACGUAUUUUUAAAGAUUUUCGAAUAAGUUUUAAUAAAUCUACAAUUGUCCUUGUUCAACACAUGAAGUUAUUAUUAUCAACAUCAUCAUAACUGCUAUUAUAUUAUUUUAAUUUUAAUAUUAUUCUCAUAGAAUUCACAAUACUCGGAUUUGAACUUGAAAAUGUUAUUCCUUCAAGUGUUUACAGGAAGAAAGCGAAAGAAAAAGGUAAAUGUUCAGCAUUUGAUAAAGUUUUCCAGUAAUUUUUCUUGUAAAAAUUUAUUUUAAAUGCAUUUCUACGUUCGAAUCGUCAAGUAAUGAUCAGUUAUCCAAUCCUGUUGAAUAUUGUUGUAUAAUAUUUGAUUUUAUAUAAUAUUAUGAUGGAAAAGUGUUACAUUAAUAAUUUGAAAACAAAUCAUAUUUGCUCCAUGAUGCUUUUGAUCGGAUGAUUUCUCUGUGUUAGUUGUUAGAACAGUACAUUUAAUCUUCCAUAUCAGGCUACUAUCUUCACACUGAUCGAUUAAACCGAUUAGUACUUUACUAGAAGCUCAGGUUUUAUUUUCUUUUCAAUUUUUCUCAACAGAAGAAGCGUUUAAUUUGAUUGGCUGUUGCUCUUUACAUGUUUGUAGUGAUUGAUGAUUGUCAGGGUAGAGUUGACGAUUGAUUCUAUUCAAGAGGAGCGCCAAUUGAGUGUUGCUCUCUCUCUCUCUAACUGUAUCUGUUUCUCUCUUAAUCUAUGUAGCGCAAGAGGAAUACUGGCAGAUAUUCUGCCAAUUAAUGAUGGCACAACAUUACCAAAGAAUAAAUUUUGUGUGAAACAAAAA